UUAACUACACAUUUCGAAAUGAGGUUGUACUUUCGAUUUAGAACGUACAUGUUGUCAUGGCCGACUCUUCACAGAAAAACAUUGAAACAGAUAUUUUAACAACGACGUGUCCGAUCUGCUUCGAAUCUUUCAAGACUCCAAGGAUUCUGCCAUGUCUGCAUACGUUUUGUCACAACUGUUUGUCGUCAUACAUUCUUUCCACGUGCAAGACCAAGGAGAGUCCUGUGGGAUUUCCCUGUCCACUUUGCAGAUGUUUUGUUCCCGCCCCUUCAUUUUCUGCUGAGAUCGAGAAGUGGACUGAACAUAUUCCUAUCAACAAGAUAAUUCAUACUUUGAGUGAGAAAGGAGAUAAAUUGUGCGAGGCCUGUAAGCGAGCAGACGAGGAGAUAGAGGCCAGUGAUUGGUGUGAAUCUUGUUCUGAAUUGCUCUGUGCUUCGUGUGUUAAAUAUCACAAAAGAAGUGCAGUUUCUAAAAAUCAUGAACUUAUUUCAAUUGUAACUUUCAAAAGUGAGUCUGAGGGAAGAAGAGGUCUUGAAUCUGCCCCAGUGGUUUGUCAUGACCAUGGCAAACGAGUAAAAUAUUUCUGUGCUGACCACGAGGAACUAUGCUGCACUAAGUGUGUUUGCACUAAUCAUAGGAAAUGCAAUCAGAUUGGGGAUAUUGAAGAAGCUGCAGAAAAUCUUCGAAAGUCAGAGAAACUAGAAACUUUAUACCAAAAAUUAUCUCAAGUUGAAGGUACUCUUAUGAAAGCUAAAUCCCAGGGAGAGGACACCAUUACUUACAUUGACGAUACGUCAGAUAAAAUCAAGCAAGAGUCUUCAGAGUUGAGGGACAAGAUUGUGAACCAUAUUGAUACAUUGGUAGAGGAUCAUUUAUCAGAGCUAGCUCAUAGUGUCAAGCUAAACAAGGACAAGGUUGGAAAGUUUGUUGAUGAUGUCUCCGACCGCCAUUUUCUGAUGACUCAGUACUUACAAACUUUAAAAGAUACAGAACAAUCGCCUCCGUCAAUUCUUGUACGUGAUUACGUCAAGAUAAAACGACAAUUAAAACACAUUAAGAGAUCCAACCCGUCAAAACUAAGAAUACAUUUAGACUCCGAUGUUUCCCAAAAUUUAACAAGAAUUCUUCAAGUUCAAAAGUUUUCAGAAAUCCAGACAAAAAUUCGUUUGGUUCCUUUGUGUGGCAUUGAUUUUGCUAAUGCCACUAUGGAACUGAUUCGUGAACUGAACGGCUCAAAGGGUGAUGUUACCGGUGGUUGCUUUCUAGAAAAUGGAGACAUAGUUUUAGCUCAACAAAGUUCCAGUCGAAUAUCACAAUUUACCAAUUCCAAGCUUACACGGGAGAAAAUAGAAUGGAAGCCAAUAGAUGUGGCUUGUCUGAGUCCUUCUGUACUUCUUAUUUCUAAAUACGACGGUUCAUUCACCAAGGGAUAUGCAGUAAAGUUUGACCUGGACAUGUUUGAAUUUACAAAAGAAGAUAAUUUUUUUGAUACCAAUAGUGUGUAUAGUUUGGCAAUUUCACCAGAAUUUGUAUAUGUUGCCUGUUCAAAUUGUAUUGUGAGGUUAGGUUCUGAGGAAAACACUGUCAAAACGUUCACAGUUGAUAAUUGCACGUUCUCUGUAGCAAUAAACAAGUCAAAUGAAAUAAUCAGCUCUAGCUGUAGUACACACAAGGUUACUGUCAUGGAUGAUUCUGGAGAGAAGUUGCAUUCGUAUUCUCACGCAAAACUUAAGAGUCCAUAUGGACUUGAUGUUAACUUCUCUGGGAACAUAUUUGUUGUGGGCCAGGAAAGCAAAAACAUUCACGUUUUGACACCUAAAGCUGAAUUAUUGAAGAUGUUUGAAGUUGAGUCACCGAGGUGCAUUAAAUUUAAAGAAAACUCCAACGUUUGUUUUGUGGGAUCUAAGAACGGCACGACAAAGGUGUAUGAGUUUCGAGAAGAUAUUUGAAAGCUAUUUGUGAAUUACUCUGUUUGUCUAUCAGUCGAUCCAUUUAGAAAUUAUCCAUUGCAGAAAUAGAAAAAUAGA